GUGAAAUAAAUAAUGGGGACUUGAAUUGUCGAACUCUAGUAAAAAUUUGACAGAUAAAAGCAAAAUAGAAAAAUUAGGUUAUAAAAUUUGACCAAAAAUUAUUUUUCAAAUACAAAAUUAUAAUUUAUAUAUAUAGAAAAUACAAAAUCAGUAUGACCAAUUUGUGUUCAAUAUGUUUUCGCAAUCAGGAAGACAUUUUAAUGAAUCCUCUUUUUGAACCCUUCUUUGAGGGUAUAAGUUUAUUAGAAAUAUUAAAUUCUACAUCUGUACUAAAGUUAAAAGAAAACAAUUGUGUUUCUACCAAAAUAUGCCAAGACUGCACACAAGUAAUAAUAAAUUUUCGGAAUUUAAUAACGAAUUACAAAGAGAGAGAAAAUAGUCUACACUCGAAUAAUAGUGAUAUCAACAAAAAAGAGGAUGUAUUUUUCUUAGAUGAACAAGAUUAUGAUAACUAUGUUGAAUGUGAAACAGAAUCUUAUCGAGAGAGUGAGGAAUAUGUGGAGGAACACAUAACUAAUCCAGAUAAAACAGAAUCGGAAUGGACAACCAAAGAAGAGAGCCCGGAAAUUCCGGAAAUGCUGCCAGAUUUAAAAAUAGAAGCCAAAGCUAAGGUGUUUGACGAAUUUGGUAAUGAGGAAAUCAGCUCUAGAAAAUAUACCUGUGAAGAAUGUGGCGAUUCGUUUUUGUAUAAAGUUGGGUUUAGUUCGCAUAUGGUACAAAAACAUGGUAAAUACAUAGAAAACCAUCAAUAUGAUCAAUACAGUACAGAAAUAACCGUUAAAUUACCUCCAGCUAGUACAGAGAUAAAUUUUAUUAGGAAGCAAAUACCUAAAAAGAGUAUAAAGUUGGAGGGAAAUAAUCGAAUAUGCCAGAUUUGUAAGGAAAUGUUGCCAUCUAUUGAAGAGUUAAAGGAGCAUUACAACGGUCAUAAAACUCAUAUUUGUGAACACUGUGGGGCAGCAUUUAUUAAAAAUUCAUACCUUAGAGACCAUUUACUUGUGCACACUUCCGUAAAGCGAUAUACUUGUGAUAUAUGUGGUAAAAAAUUCAAAUACAGAAAUGGUUUGGCUGUACAUAGAAACAUUCAUGUAAAUUUCAGAGGGUUCAUGUGCGACACUUGUGGGCAAGGUUUUAAUGCCAAAAGCACCUUAAAAACUCAUAUGAAAUUAAAACACAGUGACGAACGAAAUUGGCCUUGUCCAGAAUGUGAUCUAACAUUUAAAGUUAAAUCUUGGUUAGACAAACAUUAUUCUAGGAAACAUACUUUAAAUAGGACAAAAGAUUUCGUUUGUAACAUAUGUGGUAUAGCGUAUUUAAAUAAAACCACUUUGACACGUCACAUAACUGAAAAACACACGGGGACUCCGGUACGGCAUUACUGUACGGUGUGUGAGAAAAGUUAUAGUAUGAAAACGAAAUUAAAUAUUCAUAUGCAGAAAAAACAUAAUAUUAUAUUAAAUAAUAGUACUUCUCAGUUAUUGUUAUAACAGUUUUUAUAUUUAUUUUGUAAAUUUAAUAUACAGUUUUUAUAAUUUUAAUAUUUUUUUAAUCAUAGUUUUUCCAAAGCUCCAAUCAGAUUGACCCAGGUAAGGUACUAUAAGCUAUUUUUCGCGGCAUAAA